AUAUAAAUCUGCAAAUUCCUAAAUUAUCAUCUGAAGACAAGUUCUGAAUCGGUCGAGUUUGCGCAGAACGAUUGAGGUUUUCUCGUCAAAUAAAGCGUAUAUCCACGUGGUUACUUGCACUGCGAAUUUACAUGCAGGAAAUCAUUAUUCUAAAUAUUUUGUAGCAUAGUUGUGCUUUAAUAUGAAAUUUCUUGUUGCGAAUAAUUAUUACUGAAUAAAAUACUGUAAAUUGAACAAAAAUUUUAUAUAAUUACAAUGGAUACUAAUGAGGUUAUAGUCGAUAAAAUUAUAAACAAAAAUUCAAGUGACAAAUCAUGUACCGAAUUAUUAAAUGUAGAAAAAAAUAAUAUUGCAACAGAUAUUAAUGAAACAUCAUCUUCACCGCAAAGUAAAGAACAUACUCAAAAUAGGGAUUAUUUUUUGUUGGAAAAUUCAAGCAUAAAUAAAUCUACAUCAAGUGAAAAAUUAAAACAGGAAAAUAAUGAUGUUAGCAUUGUUCAUGAGGAAAAUUUUACGACACCAGCUAAAACAAAUGAUAAGGUAUCUUCUCUGGGUAGUAUUGCUGUAGAAUAUAAUUCAGAUUCAGAAAUUGAAGAUGGUUCUAAUGUAACUAUACUUGAAGAUAACCAAAGCAUAACUUCAAAAAAGAUGCAAAUGGAAACUUAUAGACAAAACACAGAAAUGUUAUUAAGUGAAAGCAGUGAGGAUGAAGAUGAUUCUACUAGUAGCAGCAGCAGCUCCGCUGCAUCAGUUGCUUCAGAUGAAUCAGAUAGUGAUGACAAUACAAAUAAAAAAAGUUCAAAAAAUAAUACGAAAGAGCAGAAAAACAAUGAAAUGAAGAGUGAAUUAGAUUAUUUACCACCAAUUGAAGAAUUAAAAAUUAGUGUUCCUGAAGUAUUGUGUGAUCCAUUAGGCGAGGUUGCAUGGAUGGUUGAACAACUAGUAGUCGUGAAACCAAAACCUGGUAAACCAACAUUAAAUUUGGAUACAGUUUUAUUUGUUGAUAGAGGACAAAGAGCAUUAGGUAAAAUAUUUGAUGUUUUUGGACAAGUGAGUGAGCCCCAUUACUGUGUACGAUUCAAUAGUUCUGAACAUAUACAACAAUGUGAUAUUAAAGUAGGAAUGACUGUUUAUUACUGUCCUAAUACCGAAUAUACUUCUUUGGUAUUCUUGCAUGAAGUAAUGAAAAUUAAAGGUAUUGAUGCAACAGCAGAUGAACCACCAGAAUUUUCAGAUGAUGAGGAAGAACGAGCAUAUUAUGAAAAAUUGAAGGCAAAACAAACAAAUAAUUCGAGUGAAACUGAUGUUCCACAUAAACGUAAACGUACUUCGAAUCCUACCUCUGGCUGGCAAUCGAAUCAUCCAUGGAAUAGGAAUGCACAAAGAAAUAGAAAAGGGUAUUAUCCACGAGGAGAUAGUAACCAAUUUUCCUUUGCUCAAGUUGGAAAUCGACCACAAAAUGUAUGGCCACCUUAUUAUCACAAUUGGCCACAAAAUUUACAUUCAGAAAAUAAUGAGCAAUAUGGAUAUGGAGCACCUUCAUUACAAUCAAUGCAAUAUGUCAAUAGCAUCAAUCAUAAUCUACCUCCAAGAAUUCCUCCAGGAUAUUUAUCAUUCCAAAAUCGUCCUAAUUCCUCUACAAAUUUAAGAUGCCAAAAUCCUAUCAAUCCCUGGCAAUGGGUACCUUUACCACCACCUCCUCCUCCUCCACUACCAACAACAACAACAACAACACCACCACCAUCAGAUAUGAAUUAAACAUUCAUAAUCUUAUAAUUUAUUUUGUAAAGCUACAUAUAUAAAAAUAAUUUUGUAUAUUUAUUUAUCUCAUACUUUUUAG